AUGAUCUCUCAGAGCAGUGCUCCACCAGCCAGCCUCGGAGAUCUUGUGGCCAUGUCGAUUCAGAUGACUAAGUCCAAUGCAACAAACAUAGUUUCCACCAUUUCCAAUCUUUUGAAGGACCCCAACAAUAAUAAUAAAUUCAGUGAAUAUGCGAAGGAAUGCUUGGAAGAUUGUUCUGAACUUUACUCAGACUCUCUCUCUGAUUUGGAUGACGCCAUAAGAGCUUUCGAGUCCCAAGAUUUUAACACGGCAAGUAUAAAGGUAAGCGCAGCCAUGGAAGCUUCUGUUACCUGUGAAGAUCAAUUCCAUGAUGGGAACGAAGAGUCUCCUUUAACAGAGGAUGACAACAUGUACUUUGAACUUAAUGCAAUGUCUUUGGCUUUCAUCAAGAUGCAUCAAUAG